AUGGCGAAGGAGAUGGCGAGUUUGGAUGAAUCCAUUCUUUCGUAUGACGGAGAGUACACGCAUUGCACUGUGGCGACUUUGAGCAGUUUCAAAAACUCUAGGAGCGUGUUCUGCCACGCUUCGGCUGCUGACCGAGACCGCAUUAUCGAAGCAUGGCACCAAGCGCUCACGGCUGCCUUCGCGCGAACGGAAGGCCUUCGACCGUUCGAUAUUGUUUUCAGAUCGUUGGAGACUUCGCCUGCCGCAACCUUCCUCCUGGGCGACGACUCGAGUAAGACCGUCGAGGCCUUGCGAUCGGCCGUAAAGGAAGCCGCGCGCAAUCCGAAGUUGAGCGAGCUGAGCGCCGAGUUGGAAAACAAGUACGAGGGCGCCCACCCCGAUCUCUUCUCUCUUGGGGACGGGGUACACAUACCCAAUAUCAUCCACUCAACCGUCAUGCGCGUCGCAUCUGAGGUCUCCGAUGAGGGUCGGCUGGGGGAGGGGUUGGCGGAUCUGGGCGCGCGUUGGGAGCCGACCACCGUGAGGGUCGGGAAGAUCAGCUUGGUGUAUGAGAAGCACCCUUACAUGCACCUCAGCCGGGAGGGGGCGGAGGCGCGCAGUUACCGCCUCCCUUUCAAUUGAUUCGCGGACAGGGUUGAAUGAUGAUAAAGUUCAAGCGUUGGCACUGCGUGGCGGGACCGUCGACAGAGAUGCCUCGCUGUUUUUUGGAGCCCCGCGUGUGAUAUGUUCAUCUGGCGUAAAGGUCGGCGCUUUUUUUG